GUAAGCAGACGGGGCGCUCGUGGCCGCGCGCCGGUUCGUUGGUCCGCGGGUCGUAUUUUUUUGACCGAAGCAGACGCCCGGCUUCUCCAAAACGCGUCGUCUGCUACAAAAAGAAGUGGAGGGACGCGACGUGUACAACGUGUGUUAACGACAGGAAACGAGGGCUUGCGGUGUCGGUGUUGUGGCGGUGCUCUUGAUCGUUUCUUUCGCGGCGGCGUUGUGUGCUGUUUGUGGCGAAAGCGCAUAAAAUGGCGCCCGUGUGAUUUCGCCCGCUUUGGCAGUGUUCCAGCUGUGAAACGUCGACGGACCGACCCGGUGUGUGUUCGCGUGCGGAGACCCACGGACCAACGUCGUCUGCUACUGUCUCUACGGAGGACGUGUGUUCGGCCGUACUGAAAAACGUCUGCUCCGAGGUUUCCCCGCCGUCUGCUUUGUUCGUGACCUCCAUGCUGCAUUUCUUUCUCGGUGCAUGAUCAAGGUGAACGAUUAGCUCGGCGUGUAAACUAUACCGGCUCCCGCUGAACGUCUGUUUUCGUUCGACACGGCUACGUUGCGGAGACACGUGACACAAUCAGGUGGUCGUUCUCACUUUCAGCAGCCCUGUGAGCCACGCAACGUUGUCUGCUGGCUUGAUUGCCAGGAAACCAGAAGCCCUGUCGCGGAUGCCAGAAAGUGUGUGCUAACUGGGCGGAGCCCCAUCGUGUUUCGUUGCGUUUGGUGGAUAUCAAUUAACUCCGCCCCUGACCUGCGAGACGUUUCGCUUCACACAGAGUAGCAGGCUUUGGAUUUUGAUUCGUGGAGUGUCAUGUGCCAAAUGAACCAACCGCCGUUACUAAUGCAGCCAAAUUGCCGGCACUAACUUUUUCACCGGAGCAAAGCGUCUGGUUGGAUAGGAAGAUUCCCCUCUCUUUCUCUUCAUUUCGGUGUAUCCAACUAGAAACAGUGCAUCGUUUUAAAAGAAAUCUGCUCGUAACCAUUUUUUUACGUCUGACUAGACUCAGCGCACGAAACUGUUUAAGCGGGCUGCACAAAGCACUCCGAUCCAUCACGACGCGACUAACUGCUGUGACGUCAGGCAUCCGGUAUACAGAAAAGUGCUGAAAAGGGUUAUGGCACUGCGGGCAGACGUCGAUGCCUCGCUGCCGGCGAUGCGACGCUGAUGCCAACCUCGUCAUCGCCUCUGAUGGAAGCGACUCGACUGCUGGACGCCGGCUGCCUAGGACGCCUGGGGCGACCGCUGCCAGGACCGUACGCGCCGUUCGGCACUCCCAUGGCGCCGUAUAGCAUGGCCGCCUACCCGCCCCACCACGUGCCCUACUCCAUCGACGGCAUACUGCACGGCUCGCACGCCGCCGCGGCGGCAGCCUCGCACCACGGCGGACCGUUGGGUCUCGUGAUGGCCUCUAGUCCGGGCCACGCGGCCCUGGUGGGUUCUCGGGCCGCCGUUCUGAGCCAUAGGAUUGCGGCCGCGGCCGCUCAUCAUCAUCAGGAGGCCCAGCAACAACAGCAGCAGCAGCAACAACAUCAGCAUCACCCGGCCGCCAGGGCUUCUUCGCACCGAUCGAAGGCCAAGUCAUCAUCCACGCCGGCAGAGUCAUCCCCACUGUUUCAACUCAUCCAAAACGCAUCUUCAAACUUCAAGGAAAAAUACGCCGCAGAGUCAGACAAAGAUGGCGGCAGCAGCAACGGCGGCAGUGGCAAGCGGCGGCGGACGAGGACCAACUUCAACGGCUGGCAGCUGGAGGAGCUCGAAAAGGCGUUCGAGGCCAGUCACUACCCGGACGUCUUCAUGAGGGAGGCGCUCGCCAUGCGGCUAGACCUCAUCGAGUCACGUGUACAGGUGUGGUUCCAAAACCGCCGGGCCAAGUGGCGCAAGAAGGAGAACACCAAGAAGGGUCCCGGUCGGCCAGCGCACAACGCGCACCCUCAGACCUGCUCGGGCGAACCGAUCCCGCCUGAGGAGAUCGAACGACGUGAGAGGGAUCGCCGGGAGAAGAAGCUGCGCAAGCAGCUCGAGCGCCAGGCCAAGAGGCUGCAGCAGGCACGCCUCAAGCCUGGCGUGAACCUCGCGAGCCUGCGAGAGACCAUCCAGCAAUCGCUAACGGAACUGUGGAAUACCAACCCGACCAAGGAACCGCGGGCCCUAGUUGGCCCGGAAACGUUCCGGCUCUUGGAGACUCUGGGCUUCGACGUGCUCGAAGUGCUGGCCCGGGCGCGCUUCGAACCACCGAGGCGACAAGACGUGGCUCCACCAUCCAGAUCUUCGGCCGACGACAGCUCCUCGGAUGUGCCAGCGCACCGCUUCAUGACGCUUCUAACUACGACGACGCCACCUGGCGUGGGCGUCGUCAGUGGCGGCUGCGGCAAUGGAGGAGGCAAGUCGUCUGCCUUCAGCAUCGAGAGCCUUCUGGCAUCUCGAGGAGGCUCGCGGGAACAGACGAAACACGUGACGCCGCUGCGGCUACCCAUGGCCACGACGACGGCGACUGGCUUCCCGCUCGUGGUCCAGCAGCCCAUGGGAUUUCUGGUGCGGCCCGAACUGCAGGAACGUGGUGGCGACGACGAUGACGUCAGCGCGGAGCGAGUACAUCAGCAGCGUCGGCAGCAGCGGGACUGCUGCAGCUCGGCCGAUGACGAUUUCAGCGAUCCAGACGUCACCGGCUGCGACGAGGACUCAGCCUCCCAGGCGGACAGACGACAGAGAAGACAGCGCGCAGACGACGACGACGACGUCAGUGUUGGUGGUGGUGACGUUCGCGUUGACGACAUCAGUGACGUGGCGUUGCGCGAGGAACGGAACAGGGACGCGUCUGAUGACGAAUCGGUGUCCGUCCACGUAGCAGACGAUGACGAAGGUGCGGACGGUGACGACGAAAGGGAUGCGUGGUAACGGUGACAGAACCGCAGUGACACGCAUAACACAACGAUGAUGCACUGGUUCUCUGAGCAGCGCAAAGAAAAUUGGUUUGGUAGGCAAUCACAUCAGCUAAUGCUUUUUCGCGAAGCGAAAUGACAGAUAUCUAAACAUUGACUCAUUGGCGGCAAUUGUCCCAACACAAAAUUACACAACGAUAAGUAUUUUCGGGCGAUAAGGUUGUUCGGCUUGCAUUAUAUUUUCCUCCUGGAGAAAGAUGGCAGUUCCUAAAGGUUCUUGUCAUUUUAUACAUCAGGUAGUGUUCAAAUCCGCGCCCCUGUGGUACCCUCUGAAUUUAAAAUGCAGAUCUUAAGGGCUAUGCUAUUGCUGGUUGGGUGCGGCGGAAACAGAGUCCAAGAACCGGAAACACGUCAUGGACGUUUGGUUCUGGACACCACUUAUAAGAAGCCGCUAUAUGUUGGCAUAAAUGCCCGAGAUGUUUGCGUAAUUGACACUCGUAUAUAUGUAUAUGAAACGAACGCUACUGGUUGCUUGUGCUGCUCAACAGACUUUGCAGACGUGCGUUGUGGUUUCUCUGGUCUCACACUAGAAGGUGCGAAAGUGACAUUACUUGGACUUUACGAGGGACAUAGUGGUUCUUGUUCUUUAUUUAUUAUAUAUACGCCUCUGUUCAAGUCCUCUCCAAGUGCAAAUGUAGGUGCGGGUCUCUUUGGGGUAGGAAAGCCGCUAGGACUUGGUAACUUGCUGUUGCUGGUAUGAAAUGACGCUCGUGUGUGCUUGCUUACAAAUGUGCGUGCGUGAGUGUGCUUUAGAUAAUUACGCGUGUCUGUUUCUUUUAUUUCUUCCACGACGAAGGCCCGCGUUGUGAUUUAGUCUAGAGAGUCGCUAUAGAGAUGCGUAUGUGAUCUGGAGCGACCGUAUACUGUCUUUAUUGAUUCGUUGAUCUGUCUUUCCAUUUUGACCUGCGUCAUUCACGGCACCACAAUUGCCACGAAAGAAAGAUAUGGCCGUCUAUACUUCUUCAAUCCAGAAAAUAGAUUCGUUAUCCAGGCAAAAGGAUGACAAAAUGACAUCUAAGAAAUGACAGCAUGUUCUUGGACAGCCCUUAUAUAGUUCACACAGAGAAGUCUGACAUGUAAGUUGAGGCAUUCAUUUCAGCAUAAUGGACUGAGGGGAAACUUGCAGAGUGGCCAGGGUCAUGCCUGCUUUCUUUAUUUUGUUGACAAUUAGUAGCAAAGUGUUUUGCUGCUGUUUCAAUGCUGUAGCAUACGUUCGUUUUAAAAUCAGUUGUUGAGUACAGUAUCUCAUUGAACAUAAACACAGGUUCCUUAGAACAUCAUAAACUUGUAACAAUGAACAAUUACAGAGAGUUUGCAGUGUUUGUGUUCUAUGAAACGCUACUGCUGUGAAACGCUACUACUGUCUGAAGACCGAAACAAAUCUGCGAAAGCGAUCAAAAGUUUAGCAAAGUCAUGUACUUUUCGCAACUCUGACAGGCGUGUUAUGCAACCCCGUUCUGAAUUUGUGUUGACGACGAGCGCAGAUACGUAUUGUCAUUCCAUUCAGAAAGAAAACUUCUGUUGAUGAACUAGUUCUUGUUUGUGAUGUUGUUUCGCAUCAUUCCCUUUGUCUGUUGUGACUGUAUAAAAUAUAAGAAUAUGUUUCUUUUUUUUCACGACACCAAAUUUGUGUUGUCGCAAGAAAGAACUGACACUUUAUUAAACGGCCUUCA